GCCGAGUCCUCUGACGGCCCCAGCCAGGGAAUUUCAAUUUGAAACCUAGCGGAGGGAGGAGGCAGGCGCGCCGGCCCGUGGCUGGCUGGGACAGAGCGGGACGGGUACCCCGGGCCGGUGAGCUCCUGAGUAUAAGCUGUGACCAUGACUACUGAAGUUGGCUCCGCAUCUGAAGUGAAGAAGGACUCUGACCAGUUGGGAGCAGAUGCGACCAAGGAGAAAGCUAAAGUAGUAGCAGAAAAUCAGCAGAAUCAGUCGCCUGAACCAGAGGAGGAAAAAGGUUCCCAGCCACAACCUCCUGCUGAAAGCCAAAGUAGUCCACGCCGCCAGAAGAGAGAGAAGGAUCCAUCAGAGAGCAGGGGUAUUUCUCGAUUCAUACCCCCAUGGCUCAAGAAACAGAAGUCCUAUAACUUGGUAGUGGCCAAAGAUGGAGGAGAUAAAAAAGAGCCUACUGAAGCUGUUGUGGAAGAACAGAUUUUAGAUAAAGAGGAUUCCCUCCCAGAAGAAGAGAGACAGGCCAAAGGAGAUGCUGAAGAAACUGCUCAGAGUAAAUACCAGGAGGUUAAGGUGGAAGUCAAGGAAGGAAAACCUUCAGUGAGUAAUGCUGAGAUCCAGCCUACUGAGGAAGUAAGGAAGGAGAGAGAAGAGGUGAAGGAAAUACAGGAAGAUGAAGUAGUAGCCCAGAGGGAGACCAAGGAAGUGCAAACUAAUGAACUGAAAGCAGAGAAGGCCUCUCAGAAAGCCACCAAGAAGACCAAAACUGUCCAGUGUAAAGUGACCCUCCUAGAUGGCACUGAAUACAGCUGUGACCUGGAGAAACGUGCUAAGGGGCAAGUGUUAUUUGACAAGGUAUGCGAACACCUCAAUCUUUUGGAGAAGGACUACUUUGGACUUUUGUUUCAGGAAAACUCUGAGCAGAAAAACUGGCUAGAUCCUGCAAAAGAAAUAAAGCGACAACUGCGAAAUCUUCCUUGGCUGUUUACUUUUAAUGUGAAAUUUUAUCCUCCUGAUCCUUCUCAGCUGACUGAAGAUAUCACCAGAUACUUCUUGUGCCUUCAGCUCCGAAAAGACAUUGCCUCUGGCCGCCUGCCCUGCUCCUUUGUGACUCAUGCCCUUCUGGGCUCCUACACACUGCAGGCUGAACUUGGAGACUAUGAUCCAGAAGAGCAUGGCAGUAUUGACCUCAGUGACUUCCAGUUUGCCCCCACACAGACUAAGGAGCUGGAAGAGAAGGUGGCAGAGCUGCAUAAAACUCACAGGGGUUUAUCUCCAGCACAAGCUGAUUCUCAGUUUUUAGAAAAUGCAAAGAGGCUUUCCAUGUAUGGGGUUGACCUGCAUCAUGCCAAGGACUCAGAAGGUGUGGACAUCAAGCUAGGCGUGUGUGCUAAUGGGCUUCUCAUUUAUAAAGAUAGACUGAGAAUCAAUCGUUUUGCUUGGCCGAAGAUCCUGAAAAUUUCUUAUAAGCGCAGUAACUUCUACAUUAAAGUUAGGCCAGCAGAGCUGGAGCAGUUUGAGAGCACCAUUGGGUUCAAACUGCCAAACCAUCGGGCAGCAAAAAGGCUAUGGAAAGUGUGUGUGGAGCAUCAUACUUUCUACAGACUUGUGUCUCCAGAGCAGCCACCAAAGGCCAAGUUCCUGACCUUGGGGUCCAAAUUCCGCUACAGUGGCCGUACUCAAGCGCAGACCCGCCAGGCAAGCACCCUCAUAGACAGGCCGGCACCACACUUUGAGCGUACCUCUAGUAAACGGGUCUCCAGGAGUCUAGAUGGAGCUCCCAUUGGUGUUGUGGACCAAAGUCUUACAAAGGAUUUUCCUGGCCCCGUUGGGGGGGUUUCAGCAUAUGGCCCUGGAGUUGUCAGCACUGCCAUGGUACAAGAUGGGGACAGCCGGAGGGAUGUCAGAAGCCCAUCUAAAGCCCCACAUUUGCAACUCAUUGAAGGAAAGAAAAAUUCCUUGAGAGUAGAAGGGGAUAAUAUUUAUGUCAGACAUAGCAAUUUAAUGUUGGAGGACCUGGAUAAGGCCCAGGAGGACAUACUGAAACAUCAGGCUAGCAUUAGUGAACUCAAGCGCAAUUUUAUGGAAUCCACACCUGAGCCGCGCCCUAAUGAAUGGGAAAAACGACGUAUCACACCUCUGUCCCUACAGACACAAGGGAGAAAAGGAGACCAUCUUUGCAAGGAUAUUUUGUCCAUGAAGGAGAAGUACCUGAUGGCAGCAACACGGACAGUUGAAGAUAAAGCUCAGGAGGCGGACAAGACACGUGCUCCUGCGUCAGAAGGUCCUUGCACUGGAGCCAGGGAUGCUGUUAAGAGUUCACAUGAGACUCUGAAUGUAGUGGAGGAGAAGAAGCAGGCAGAGGUUGGGAAAGACGAAAAAGUAAUCACAGAAGAAAUGAAUGGUAAAGAGCUAUCACCUGGGAGUGGUCCUGGGGAGAUUCGUAAGGUGGAGCCUGUGACACAAAAAGACUCCACCUCCCUGUCUUCUGAGAGCAGCAGCAGCAGUGAGAGUGAGGAGGAAGACGUGGGAGAGUACCGGCCCCACCACCGUGUGACCGAGGGCACCCUAAGGGAAGAGCAGGAGGAGUAUGAAGAAGAGGCGGAGGAAGAGCCCAGCCGAGCAGCCCAGGUAGUAGAGAGGGAGGAAGCAGUGCCCGAAGCCAACCCAGGCAGACAAGCAGGUGCCAGUGUAAUCACGGUAGAAACAGUGGCCCAGGAAAAUGUAGUUGCCCAAAAGCUAUCUGCAGAGAAGAGUGUAAACGAAGGCCCGGUUAAGCAAGACCUGAGAGAAGAAACAGAGGAAGAGCAACAUAAAGUUAACGGAGAGGUGUCUCAUGUUGACAUUGAUGUUUUGCCACAAAUUAUUUGUUGUUCAGAGCCACCAGUGGUAAAAACAGAGAUGGUAACAAUUUCUGAUGCCUCACAAAGGACAGAAAUCUCCACCAAGGAAGUCCCUAUUGUCCAAACUGAGACCAAAACCAUCACAUAUGAGUCUCCACAGAUUGAUGGCGGGGCUGGUGGUGAUUCGGGCACGUUACUGACUGCACAAACCAUCACAUCUGAGUCCGUGUCGACAACGACAACCACACACAUCACCAAGACUGUAAAAGGUGGAAUAUCUGAAACAAGAAUUGAAAAACGCAUUGUGAUCACGGGAGAUGCAGAUAUUGAUCAUGACCAGGCAUUGGCUCAGGCAAUCAGGGAAGCCAAGGAGCAGCACCCUGACAUGUCGGUCACAAGAGUGGUAGUGCAUAAAGAAACAGAGCUGGCAGAGGAAGGGGAAGAAUAAGAAAGUCGUCUUCUAAACAACAUUCAACUCUAUGAACCUAAAGAAUUUUGACCAUUCCAAGUCUUAAUGCCACACCACUACUCCAGCAAAUUUGUGCUAUGGCUGGUAACAGUGACCAGAAGCCUGAAGAAUUAAAAUGCCAACACCAAACCUUACCUUAACAGCUCUGGUCUGUACCGUUCUCGUGCAUUUUUAAUAUAUUUUGUUUUAUAACCACUUCUAAAUAUUCUUGUUUUUUUUUUUUUUUCUUCUUUUUUCUAUUUUUUUUAAUUAAGCAGUUUGGUUUUGUUUCCUGUUUACUUUGUGUACAACUACCUGCUUUUCAUGACUCAUUUGCUUAAAUGACAGUGAACAAAGCCAGCCUGGGCUGGUACGGUGCUGUUCACUUGAACAGGUGCUGUUGUGCGGAAAGGAAACUCUGUGACUAAUUUAGGUAGUGGUUUUUCUUCUUCAGAUUCUUUCCAUUGAAUUCUUACAGUCAAUAUUUACAAUUUUCAGAUUACAGUAAAUAUACUGUAUGAGAAAAAUAUUAAUAAGAUUAAAAGCAUUUCUUACAUCUUGAAAAAAUUUUCUAAUGUUUGAGAAUUUCACUGGGGAUUUUUUUAUAUUGAACCCUUUUGACUUUCCAGUCCUGUGACUUUUUUUACUUUUAGUAGAGAGUCAGAGAAUCUCCAGACUGGAGAAUUACGAAGUUCACUGACCAUGCACUGUGCUCAGAGACACACCACAGUGCCAGUGCUUCUCAGACAUAUGCUCUUCGACAGCAUUCCAGAACAGGAGGGAAGAGAAGAGAAAUCUGUUUCUUUCCUUCUACUAAAAGAUUCAGGCAGCUUAAAACCUUAGUGCUUUCUUUUUUAACAUUUCCAAAUUUCAAUACUUUCCAUUAUUUGCACACUUGGGUAGAACACUUGCUUUGUAUUAAACCUCCUUGUCUACAUUUAAAACUGACCUUUUGUUAUUAAGCAGGUAUAUCUCUUUCAGAUAGUCUGAUGAUUCACACAGGUUUGAGGAUGCUGGGGAGAAGGGUAGGGGGCUGUGGUGAUUUGCGUUGGUUAUAAGAAAGCUAUACCAUUUAAAGCUGACACCAGAGACCUGAUAGGGACUUAUUAACUGUAUUGAAAAUUUUUUUCCUUUGCUUUUGACCCUAUGUAUAGUUAUGAUGCCACAUUAGAUUUAUAGCAGCUUCAAGUUGUAUUAAAUGAUAUUUUGCUUUCUGUAAUACUGUUAUAAAAUAAAGUUUUGUUUAUUCUCUAAA